AUGAACAAUUGGAGCACAAUUCAAAGUAAAGCAUUAAUACGAUGGAUUAAUUUUGUUAAUAAUGAAAGUGUUGUCUCUGUCUCAAAUCUUUCAAGUGUUAAUUUAAUAGAGUUAUUAGAAAAUUUAAGUGGAACAAAAUGUCCGUACAAAUAUGAAAAAAUACCAAAAACAAACUUUGCUAGAAUUGAGGGGUUUGAUUGUGUUAUUCAGUUUGCAAAAUCGUUAAAUGUAAGAAUUGUUGGUAUUGAUGGAUUUGACUUAUCUGUGGGAAAUGAAAAAACAUUUCUAGCAUUGAUCACUGGUAUUUUAAAUCGUUUUAUUGGGUUAAGUUCUAGAGAAGUGAAAUUAAUACACCAAUGGAUAGCCACUUUAGUUGGACAGCCUAUUCGUUCAAUGCGUGAAUGGGCAACAGUUCCAAUUCUUGGAAAGUUAUCAAAAUGUCAAGUACAUCCAUUACAGAGAUUAGAAAAAUUAGGAGUUCCGAUGUUAGUUGAUGAAGAAGAUUUAGGAAAAGAGGAGUUAUCAAUGAAUAUUUAUUUAGUGUAUUUGUAUGAAAAAAGAAAAGAGAUUGAGGCACUGAAUAAAGAGAUGAUUAUUGACUUAACUGGAGAUAAAAAAGUUGUUGAAGAAACUGUCGAAGAACUUAAACAAAUUAAAAGUGGAAUUAUCCCUAAAGGUAUAGAAGAAAUUAAAGAAAUAAAUAAAAACGAAUUAACUUCUGUUAAUGAAAUUGAACUAAAAGAGGAUAAUGACUCUACUUCUACGUUUAGUUCAAGUGAGCUUGAUAGUGGAUUUGUCUCUCCAAUGGUAUCUGUUACAAGAGAAAUACCGACAAACAAUUGUGUUGAAUUAAUUGCAUUAGAAGCUUUAAAAAAAGAAGAAAGUUUUAAACAUGAAGUUAUUGAACCUGACUUUGAGUUAAAAGAAGUUGCAAACAAUUUAGAAUAUAUUGACAAAGAAGAGUCAACCGAAGAAGAUGAAGAAGAAAAGGAACAACUGGAAGAUCAAAGUAAUGAAAUAGAAAAUAUAGAAAAAGGGUCUAAUAAUAACACUACUAACACUGUUCUAAACCAUACAGAAGAGAGUACUCUAGAAAGUAAUCAACCAAAUAAUAUAAAUAAAAAUUAUGUUGAUGAUAAAUCUAAAGAAAAAGAUAAAUCAACUCAUGAAGAAGAACAAACUAUUCCUAAUAUUCAAAAUCAGCAAAUUAGUGAUCAAAAUAAUGUCUUUGAACAGAAAAAAGAGAAAGAUACUAUUUUAGAGCAAGAAAUUAUUAUAGAAAAUAAACAAAUUAAAGAAGACAAUAACCAAAUCAAAAAUGAUACUAAAACAGAACAACAAACAACAGAGACAAUCACCCAAAAUACAUUUACUCAGUCUGGACAAAAGGAAAAUAAAAAAGAAGUCUCUAGUUUAAUAGAAACAAAUAAAAUCUUAGAAGAAAGUCAAGAUGAAUUAAACGAAAAUAAAGUAACUGUUAAAUUUUAUAAACCAACACAAUUAUCUUAUAGUUAUCAAGAAAAAACAUAUAUUGAUUCACCAAGAAAACGUGGGAUUUCUCUAUCUUCUAUUUCACAACAAACUGAAAAUAAUUCUCUUGAAUUAAGUCCAAAAGAAAUAGAGAAAGAAGGAAUUUUCUUUACCCCAAGAUAUUAUGGUAAAUUUAAAGCUGCAGAUGCCUUAUCUAAAAUAUCUCGUCAACGAUCAAAUACAUCUUGUAAAAAGGAUGUAAUCCCUGUUUUAAUUGUUCCACCACAAUCAAGUAAUACCUCUUUAGUAGAAGAAGUUAUGUUAGAACAAGACAGAUUAUUUAAAAUGGAAACAGAGAAUAGGAUACGAAGAGAAAAUGAUUUAGCAAAGAUUAGGACUUUUAAAGAAAAAAAAAGUGAGUAUAUGAGAUGUGUUGAUAGUGAUUAUUUAAUUAAAUCAUAUCUUGAUGAUUUCAAGAAAUGGACAGGUAAAUCUCAAUACCAAAUCAUUUAUGAUUCAGCCAAAGAUGAAUGUCCAACAGAAUUCACAGGGCUGACUAACGUUAUGAUAUUACUUGUAGGUAAAAGGCUAAAUAUUUUUGGAUGGUAUAAUACUAAAAAAAUACCAUCUAAUGGAUUUAUCAAAAACGAUCCUGGACAUUUUGUUUUUACACUUCAAAACCCUUUUAAUAUUGCCCCAACACCAUUUUAUCCUAUAAAAAAGAAAUGUAAAUCAUGUGCUAUUCACCCAGAUGAGCAUAUAUUUAUUUCAUUAAAAAAAACAAUGAAUGUAAUUAAAAAAGAAAGAGUUUUUGUUGUUGAAAUGGGAAUGAAAUUUAGUCAACGAUAUACAGACUCUUCACUUGCUGGAGAUACCCUUUUUAUUAAAGACGAAAAUGUAAUGGAAAAAGUGUUAGUGGUUCAAUGGAUGUAA